AUGGCCUUCCGGUUCUCACUGACCAGCUUAUUCUCGGCUCUGCUCAUUCUGGGUGCAGCGCACGCUUGCUACUACCAAUACUACCAGGAGCCCCCUGCUGACUUCAAAUGUCGCUGGGAACAGGUCGGGUGCGGACUGGAAGUGAAGCCCGAACAAGCAGUGUUCCAAGCUUGCUGUGCACCGCUCGCCCCUGGCGCGUUCGCUCCCGCUACCUGCAGCGACAUUGCCUCUUCCGCUAUGGCAAAGGGCACCACCUGCUCCUCGGGGCCUGUCAACACGCAAGACAUGCCCUCUUCGUUCGCUCAGCCACCUCCGCGACCAUCGCUCCCGGCCGCUGCGUGCAUCACUACGUGGGUGACGGAGACCGCUGCUCCAAACUGUCCGUCAGCGGUGCCCCCUCCCGCCCCUCCUGCCCCGGCGGCAGUCACUUCGUCCACGCCAGUGGCAAGCAAGAUCAAUGCAGUCCCCACUAUCUCCACCCCUGAUGUCCCGAUCCCCAGCUCAUCCCCGCCGCCAGCAGCCCCGCCAGUCGUCACAACAUCGGCACCUGCGCAGCCCCCGCCUCCGCAACAGUCCGACUGUAUCUGUCCGGGUCCCAGAGCAGGCUCACUCCCUCCUCGGCUGGGUAAGCGUACUGACGGUGGCGAUUGCCACUGCCCUGAGGAGCCUCCAGCUCCAUCCGACACGUGUGCAUGUCAUGGCGCGGCCGCGCUGCCUCCUCCUGGCUUCAAUCCGGCUUACAAGAAGCGGGAUGGCGGAGCAAAGUCGACGUGCCCCUGCCCCGCAGUGGCAGCGCAGACCUCCACCUCGACCGCUUGCCCUUGCUCCACGGACAGAGCAGGAAGCUUACCUCCUGGCGGGCUCGGGAAGCGGGACGGUGGCGAGUGUUCGUGUGAUAGGAGCGGGGCGGCGCCUCCACCAGUCAUUCAAGGCUUUGACGGAGGGUCCGCCCCGCCGCCCCGCAAGCGCGCUUUACCCGAGCCAGGGUUCGUGCCCGACUCUCUACCCCUCGAGCAGCAAGGUGGCGGUACCGCCAGCAAGAUCAAUGCCGUCCAGACCUUGUCCAGCCCGGAGGUUCCUCAUAACGCUCAGCCGACAAGCAUGCCCCCGCCGGCUCCGGCAUGUACCACUACCAUGACCACUACUAUGACUCCGGAUUGCCCGCCCGCCUCGCUGAUCAACGGCGUUCCGACCUCGAGCGCCAGUGCGCCACCUCCGGGCGAAAGUGGCACCGAUGAAGAGGACUGCGAGGAUGAAACUACGUCUUCUGCGCAUCCAGCGGGUGCACUGCCAUAA